AUGAGGAAGUCUUAAAUAUCAGAUAACUUGAUUUGCCAUGAGUUUAUAAUGUUGGAAAAUUGUAAUAAAGAAUUAGAGGUUGAUAUGUGGGAUUAAAUUCAUUUCAGACUUGUGAAAGUUAAAGUCCAAAUGACAUUUACUGAAGAUAACUUUAUAUAUUAUUCGUUGGAUGGGAAGGUUUUGAGAAUGUAAGAGAUCAUUCUUUUUAUAAAAAGCGAAUAACAUUCAGAAAAGUAAAAGCAUCAUGAUCAAUUUAAUAAUAUUGAUUAGAUAAAAUAUCUUCAUUGGGAUGGUGAGUUUGAAUAAAAUAACAGAAAGUCUGGCAAAUGGAAAGCUAAUUGGUAAGGUCCAGAUUAUAAAGAAGUUGGGGGUUACUAUGAGAAUGGUUUAAAGUAAGGUUUAUGGAAUGAAUUUACUAAGAAUUAUUGGAGGUAUUUUGCUAUUCAUUUUUAAAUAUAGUUAAGCAGAAAUAUGUGAAAAUGGAGAAUAUUUCAAUGAUUAAAAAAUUGGAGAGUGGAAAUAUAUCUAUGACAAUAAAAUUAUGUUUAUUUAUAUAUUAAUUAUAUAGAGGUGGAGGAUUUUAUAAUAAAUAAGGACAAAAGUAAGGUAAAUGGGUAGAGUUGAGUGAUGGAUUUUUUAAUUCCUCAUAAGUCACUUAUUAUGGUGAAUAUCAAAAUGGUAAGAAAGUGGGUAGAUGGGAUAUUUUGUUUAGGGAACAAAGGCAGAAUAUAUUUCAGUAAAUGUAAAUAUUAAAAGUAUCAAAUCUUAGUGGAGGUGGAUCAUAUGAUAUCGGAAUUAAAAAUGGGAUGUGGAUUGAGUUGAGUGAUAGAUUUCAGAUUUAUUCAUAAGUUACGUAUCAUGGUAGAUAUAAAUAAGGGAGAAAAAUCGAUAGAUGGGAUAUUCAUUUUAAUUAUGAAGGCGAGCGAAAAAUGUAAGAUUAAUUGCUAAAUAUUAAAAAUCAAAUUUUUAGUGGUGGUGGAUUGUAUGAAGAGGUUUAGGGAGACUCAAUCAAGAUUGGGAAUUGGGUUGAGUUAAGUGAUCUGUUUUUGAGCACCCAUCAAGUCACUCACAAUGGUGAAUAUCAAAAUGGGAAAAAAAUGGGUAGAUGGUAUAGUUUGUUUCGGGAUCAAAGGCAAAACAGAUAUCUAAGGAUGUAAAAUAUUGAAAAGUAUCAAAUCUUAGUGGAGGUGGAUCAUAUGAUACAGGAGUUAAAAUUGGAAUUUGGAUUGAAUUGAGCGAUGGCUAUCUCUACUAUUCAAGAGUCACUUAUCACGGUCGAUAUCGAAAUGGAAGAAAAGUCGGUAGAUGGUAUGAAUAAUCUUUGGAACAAAAUGAGUAAAUUUUUAAAUUAUUAAUAAGAAAAAAAAAAAAUCUUCAUGGUGGAUUAUACGAUGAAGUUGAUGGAGGUUCAAAUAAGAUUGGAAAAUGGAAAGAAUACAGUGAUGGGUUCAAUUUAUAUUCACAAAUCACUUAUGAUGGUGAAUAUAAAAAGGGUAAAAAAGUAGGUAAAUGGGAUAUUUUGUAUUACAAAUAAGGAAGUCAAACUUAGGAAUUAAUGUAAAAGUUAAAUCAAAUUUUUUAGUGGUGGUGGAAUGUAUAGUUAUUAAGGUCUAAGGAAUGGUAUGUGGAUAGAAUUAAACGAUGGAUUUUAAGAUUAUUCAUAAGUAACUCACAAUGGUGGAUAUAAAAAUGGUAAUAAAGUUGGUAGAUGGGAUAUUUUUUUUAAAGAGAAUAGAACAGAAACCUAAUAAUUGAUGUAAAAAUAAUAAAUAAUAAAUUUUUUAGUGGUGGUGGAUUUUAUAAUGAAUAGGGCUAAAGAAAUGGUGAAUGGAGAGAGCUGAAUGAUGGAUUUGAAAAUAAUUCGUAAGUCAUUUUCAAUGGUGAAUAUAAAAAUGGAUACAAAAUUGGUAGAUGGGAUAUUUUUUUUAAGGAGGAAGAAAAAAAAACUUAUGAAUUAAUGUAUAAAUAUUAGAAAAGAUUUUAGCGGCGGAGGCUUGUAUUAUGAGGUAUAAGGAGGUUCAAUUAAGGCUGGGUAGUGGAUUGAGUUAGAUGAUGAUUUUGAGUUUGAUUAAUAAUACACUUAAAAAGGUGAAUAUCAAAAUGGAAAUAAAGUUGGUCCAUGGGUGAAAAUGAGUAUUAGGGAAGAAUAAUUGUGA